AUGUCUUCAGCUAACAUUUCAAGUUUCAUUAAUGCAAAAAUUUUUAAUAAUUCUAGAUCGGCGGCUAACAUCUCAAGUAGAAAUCAGGUCCAAUCUAAGGUGACUUCAAAGAAAAAUAGAGGUGUUUAUACUAGUUUAUUGAAGGAUUCUUUAGUGGUUGUUUCUCGAAAUAAUAUUACAACAAAAAAUAAGCAAAACUUAAGGAUCACACGAACACGUAGUAAAAGAUGCCAAACGGGACACUUAAAUAAAAAUAAUGAAAAGAUAUUUUUAACCAUAUUUGAGACACCAACAGAUUUAAAUACUAGAGUUGGUACAUGUUUAGUCAAUUAUAAUACAGGUGAAAUGAUUUUAUCUGAUUAUUUGGAUUCUCAAAUAUAUAUCAGAACAGUCAAUAAAAUUCAGUUAUAUGAACCCACAGAUAUUUUGUUACCGAGCUAUUCGUUGUCACCAAAGAUGUCAAAACUAGCUACCAUAAUUAAGUUUAAUAUUAAUAAUUCUGUAAAUAUUCUGGAGGCACCAACUAAAUUUUUUAAUCCUAAAGAAGGUUCAGAUAUUUUAGAAAGAAGUUCCAUAAACUAUGACAAAUAUUUGAAUGAAAAAGCUGAAUUAUUAGAAAAAAGUUACUCUUUGAGUGCAGUUUCUGCAUCAGUAAAGUAUUAUAAUCAAAAGAUCUUGAAAAAUGGGUCUAAUAAUUUCAAUAAUUUUGAUAAAUAUAGAGUUAAAUAUGAGACAAUUAAUAACACAAUGUUGAUAGAUUCAAAAACAAUAGUGGGGUUAGAAUUAACUGAGAAUAAAUUUGACAAAAAUGGUCUCAGUUUAUUCAAGUUUCUUGACAAUACCUGUACAAAAAUGGGUCAGAGAACGUUAAGAAAUAAUAUUUUACAGCCACUUACAGAUAAGGAUAAUAUUGAAAUGAGAUUAAAAGUAGUACAAGAAUUUGAAAAGAAUACCGAUUCAUUGUCAGAAAUUAGAAACAGUCUGAAAAAACUACAGGAUUUGGAUAAACUCUUUUCUAAAUUAUUAUCAAAUCAAAAAUCCUCGAUAUCCCCUGAACAAAAAAUUAAUUACAUACUGUCAUUAAAGGAAUCAAUUUCAAUAAUCUUGACUCUUAGGACAGAAAUAAUAAAAUUAGUCCCAAAAUCAAAAAUAUUAAAUGAGAUUAAAGAAAUAUUAGAAAACCCAUUAGUGACAGAACUAUUCACAUUAUUCAAUUCCUAUAUUAAUGAAGAUGCUAGAUGGGCAACUUCCCCAUAUGAAUUACAAAAUCAAAGAACUUAUGCUAUAAAGAGCGGUACUAAUGGAUUAUUGGCUGUGUCUCGUGAACUUUACAAGAAUACAGUGGAUGAAAUAAUGUCACACAUUGAUGCUGAAUCAGAAAAAUUGGAGCUGGCAUUAGAUUAUAGUUAUGAUUCAACCAGAUGCUUUUUCCUCAAAAUAAAAAAAGAUAACAAUAUAAUUAUGGAAAAUUUCCCUCCCUCCUUAAUCAAUAUUGUCAAUAAAAAAAAAUACUAUGAGUGCACGACUGUAACUAUUAUGAAGUUAAAUUUACGUCUUCGUGAACUUCAAUCUGAAAUUACUCUCAUAAGCGAAAAUGUUAUUGAUAGUUUAUUAAACCAAAUGGAUGCAUAUAUAGCUAUUUUAUUUAUGGUUUCUGAAGCAAUUUCAUUAUUGGAUUUAUUAACUACAUUUACUUUUAAUUCACUAGGAAAGAAUUACUGUUAUCCAACUUUUUCUGACAAAUUGUAUUUAGUAGAAUCUCGUCAUCCAAUAUUAGAAAACACUGUAAAACAAUUUAUUCCAAAUGAUAUAUCAAGUACUGCAUUAACUUCAAGGAUGCAAGUUAUAACUGGUUGUAAUAAAUCUGGUAAAUCAGUAUAUUUGAAGCAAAUUGCGUUAUUGUGUAUAAUGGCACAAAUGGGAUCUCCGAUACCAGCAGAUAUAGCAUGUCUCCCUUUAUAUGACAAACUUCAUGCUCGUGUCUGUCACGACACGCUUGAAAUAACAAGUUCUACAUUUACUUUUGAAAUGAAAGAGAUGGCCUAUUUUUUAGAUAAUUUAACUCAAUCUACAUUAUUAAUAGUAGAUGAACUUGGCAGAGGCUCAAGCAUAGGGGAUGGGUUUAUAAUUUCUUUAUCAAUUUCUGAAUUUCUUUUAAAAGCAAAAGCAACCGUUUUCCUAUCGACACAUUUCCAUGAUUUGGCUGUCAUUUUGCAACAAAAUAUGAGUGUGUCACAUUUGUCAAUGAAAACAAUAUUGGAAGAAAAUCAAAAUUUAAAGAUGCUUUUUAAAGUUUCAACUGAAAUUGUUGAUACCAAAAAUACUGUUUUUUACUUUAUUAAACCGUAUUACCCCAAAGAUUUGCUAUUAAAGGUUAAACAAAUUCAGGAAUUAUUGAUUGUUGAAGAAAGACAGAAAGCAAAAAACAAUCAGAAGUUUGAUAACAAAAAUAAUAUUCGGGAAAAAUAA